AGAGGGGUGGAGGACACUGAGUGGAGGCCAGUGGAGUGAUUGGCAGAGAGGGGUGGAGGACACUGAGUGGAGGCCAGUGGAGGGAUUGGCAGAGAGGGGUGGAGGACACUGAGUGGAGGCCAGUGGAGGCAUUGGCAGAGAGGGGUGGAGGACACUGAAUGGAGGCCAGUGGAGGGAUUGGCAGAGAGGGAUGUAGGACACGGAAUGGAGGCCAGUGGAGGGAUUGGCAGAGAGGGGUGGAGGAUUCUGAAUGGAGGCCAGUGGAGGGAUUGGCAGAGAGGGGUGGAGGACACCGAGUGGAGGCCAGUGGAGGGAUUGGCAGAGAGGGGUGGAGGACACUGAAUGGAAGCCAAUGGAGGGAUUGGCAAAGAGGGGUGGAGGACAUUACAAUAGUCAAGGUGAGAUAUAACAAGGGAGUGAAUGAGUUGCUUAGUGGAUUCCAGGGUUAGGAACGAGCGUAUCUUGGAGAUAUUGCGGAGGUUGGAGAUGUUGCGAAGGUUGGAGGUGUUGCGGAGGUUGGAGAUGUUGCGGAGGUUGGAGGUGU